CUUCCACUUGACAUUCCCGACUUCCAACAGUCAGUCAGCCAUCGAAGUUGGGUAGAGCACCGCAAUGCUGUACACGCCACAACAUACACAACGCCCAGCGUGGCGGCUUCCUUUUUCCUCGGGUCCCGACUGUCUUUACCUCGCUGGCUGAUGUAGCAUACAGAUGCCUUUUUCUGGCUUCCUGUUACCGGGAAUCUGCCACCAACCAAGCAAGCUAAAGAAAGGCAGUAACAAUGCUCAUCGGCACCUAUAAAACCAGGAUGGAAUCCAAAUCCGAGGAGCGAGUUGACGUGGGAGACACACAGACACACCAAAGAACACAUCUACAGUCAACUAUCGAAUCGUGAUACCAUCCCGCCCACCAUGCCGUCUGUCCUGUCCAAACAAGAAGAAAUUUGCCAAACCCAUUCGAGGUGUUGGCAAGCAGGAGGUACAGAAACGGCCGCCGGUUGUGACUUGCCAACCAUCGCCUACGAUCCAGAAAAGCAAUUUCCCAUUACACAUAGCGUCAUAGUCCUCCACGAUCUACCCGGCAACAACGAUAUGCUUGAACGCUUUGCACGAGAGAUUUUCAACAAAGAUGCCGAGUUGACUCAAGUCACUCGACCCGAUAGCCUUCGCCGCAAUUUCCCAACUUUCAGAUGGAUCUUUGCGGCUAGAACCCAAGAAGCCCGUACGAUCCUAGGUCACAGAGAAGAGAUGCGACCCCGAUGGGCUCGCCAUACCCCAUUACCCGAUGUGAUGAUUGUUUUUGAUUCCGUUCUUGCAAUUGUCGAGGCAGAAGAAGUUCGAUAUUCUGCAGCCAAAGUUCCCAAUCCUAGGUCGCGCAUAUUCUUAGCAGGAUUGGGCAAUGGCUUUAAUAUCGCUUCGAAGUUAUUCUUUCGUGAACCUCAAGCAGUGGGGGGCCUAGGUGGCCUAAUUGGCCUCGCCGGCAUCUUCUGGAUGCCCAAUUUACCAUAUUUGAUGGCGGUUGCUCGUGACUUCGGGCCCGAUUCGGACAAUGACAACGAAAAGUGCCGCCAGUUCUUAAAAGCUCUUCGGGCCUUAUAUCGUGGAAGACAGUCACAUCAAAGUCAAAAUACCGCCAGCACUGAGGCGACGAGUCAAGAUCAUGUUAGCCUUGUACGGAAAUUGAGAGAAACGCCCAUCUUCCUGGCGUAUGACCCAUACUUAGACGGGAUCGACAUCAAGGAGGCCGUGUGGAUGAGCAUGUUACUGCAGCAUGUCCUCCGCUUCAAACAAGUUCAGUAUCACGACUACACUCCGGAAACAGCCCCAGGGCAUUUGACGGACACGCUCUGGCAGCGGAUGCUGGCUGAUAUUGUGGCUUUCCUUAAAAGUCGGAGUACUCAACCUUCUUAGAGGUAACCUUCUCAUGCUGCAGGCAACAUGGGAGGACGAGAAAUUUUGAAUUAGCCGGCUGACUGGUCACAAAACUUGACUGGAU